AUGUGGCAUGCGUGCCAGGCUGCCGAUGACGUGGCGGUUCUGCUAGCGGAGGUGGACGCCCUGGCUGCCAGCGUGUCACCAGCAGAAGCUACCGAAUCCGGACCUAGCGGAAGGGAGGGAGGAGGGAAUCAUGAUCCUGGCUUGGGACCAGCUUCGGUAACAGGCUCAGGGAUAGGACUAGGCUCGGGAGCAGCACUAGGGUUUGUGGCCACCAAUGAGGUGCAGGACUGGAGCUGCAGUCCCAGGUGCGGGACAGGAGCUGCAGUCCCAGGGUGCGGGACUGGAGCUGCAGUCCCAGGUGCGGGACUGGAGCUGCAGUCCCAGGUGCGGGACUGGAGCUGCAGUCCCAGGUGCGGGACUGGAGCUGCAGUCCCAGGUGCGGGACUGGAGCUGCAGUCCCAGGGUGCGGGACUGGAGCUGCAGUCCCAGGGUGCGGGACUGGAGCUGCAGUCCCAGGUGCGGGACUGGAGCUGCAGUCCCAGGUGCGGGACUGGAGCUGCAGUCCCAGGUGCGGGACUGGAGCUGCAGUCCCAGGUGCGGGACUGGAGCUGCAGUCCCAGGGUGCGGGACUGGAGCUGCAGUCCCAGGUGCGGGACUGGAGCUGCAGUCCCAGGGUGCGGGACUGGAGCUGCAGUCCCAGUCCCAGGUGCGGGACUGGAGCUGCAGUCCCAGGGUGCGGGACUGGAGCUGCAGUCCCAGGGUGCGGGACUGGAGCUGCAGUCCCAGGGUGCAGGACUGGAGCUGCAGUCCCAGGGUGCGGGACUGGAGCUGCAGUCCCAGGUGUGGGACUGGAGCUGCAGUCCCAGGUGCAGGACUGGAGCUGCAGUCCCAGGUGCGGGACAGGAGCUGCAGUCCCAGGGUGCAGGACUGGAGCUGCAGUCCCAGGUGCGGGACUGGAGCUGCAGUCCCAGGCGUCACAGCCAAGUGCUCGCCGGGAAGAAGAGGUCGAAGUUUUUGGCGGCCAUCAAGGGCAUCAUCGUGCGCAGAUGGGAUAAGCAGUUGCAUAACCCGAUGCAUGCAUUCGGCUGGCUCCUUAACCCGAAGAACCAGCUCGCGAUGGAAGUCCGCAACGACCCCGAGAUCAUCAAAGGGGUCAAUGCGGUGCUGCAGGCACGAGGAGGUGACGUGCAAGGCCGAAUCUUGCUGCAAGCCCAGCUUGCUACGUACCACAGAGGUGAGGGUCGUCUGGGGGGGGAAGAUGCACGGGCCGCAGCGAUGCUCGUGGAGAGUGGACGUCUCUCACAUGCGGAUUGGUGGGCGAUGUAUGGAGGGGAACUCCCCGAGCUGCAGGAUUUGGCUGUGAGAAUGUUAUCACAGCCUAUCACUGCGUCGGAAGUUGAGAGAUGCUGGUCUGCGAUGGUAAGGGUGCAGCGGCGGGAUCGCAACAGAUUGAGCGCUCAGACCAUGAUCGAUGUCACCACGGUGGCAUUCAGUAGGCGUUCGAGGGCUGCAUUCGACAAGAAGCAGGAAGUGCGCGCCAACUUUUUUGCAGACCUUGCAGCAGGCAAGCUCUACGAGAGCACUCUAGAAAGAGUGACGACGACGGCACUUGAAAGCUCUGAACCACAGGCUGAAGGCUCUGAACCACGGGUUGAAGAGGAAGAAGGUGAUGUCGAUUGCGUGAUUGACUGGGAAGCUCUUGGCAGCAUCGGGAAGAGGAAGAAGAAAGAGGUGACAAAGGGAAUCAAGGGAAAGGCGACCAAGAAGCUUAAGAAGAAGCGUUCGGCUGACAACGACGAUGAUGAGGAGGAGGAUGAGGAUGAGGAUGAGGAUGAGGAUGAGGAUGAGGAUGAGGAUGAGGAUGAGGAUGAGGAGGAGGAGGAGGAGGAGGAGGAGGAGGAGGAGGAGGAGGAGGAGGAGGAGGAGGAGGAGGAGGAGGAGGAGGAGGAGGAGGAGGAGGAGGAGGAGGAGGAGGAGGAGGAGGAGGAGGGCGGGGGGUCCAACGCAUGGGACAUUAGUGACAUUUAUGGUGCGGGACUGGAGCUGCAGUCCCAGGUGCGGGACUGGAGCUGCAGUCCCAGGUGCGGGACUGGAGCUGCAGUCCCAGGUGCGGGACUGGAGCUGCAGUCCCAGGGUGCGGGACUGGAGCUGCAGUCCCAGGUGCGGGACUGGAGCUGCAGUCCCAGGUGCGGGACUGGAGCUGCAGUCCCAGGUGCGGGACUGGAGCUGCAGUCCCAGGUGCGGGACUGGAGCUGCAGUCCCAGGUGCGGGACUGGAGCUGCAGUCCCAGGUGCGGGACAGGAGCUGCAGUCCCAGGGUGCAGGACUGGAGCUGCAGUCCCAGGGUGCGGGACUGGAGCUGCAGUCCCAGGUGCGGGACUGGAGCUGCAGUCCCAGGGGUGAAAAAGGGGAGGAGGGGGAACGAGAGGAGAGAUGCCAUUGUCCCGCCCAUGCUCGAGUGCUCCCUCCCCCUCUCAGGCUUCAAGGGGUGGGGGGAGAGAAGAGAGGAGGGGAUUAG